CCCAGUUAGUCAGUUUGGCAAAGCUGUGUGCCUCAUGCCUUUGCUUUCUAUGUUACUUGUUUCGUGGAGCCCUGUCAACAGAUACCUAUCAGCCUGACCCUCUGCCUGAUCCCUGGACUUCUGACCCUUGUGACUCUGAAGCUGAGUGUUGCUGAUAAUGGCCCAGAUACCAGCUCCGUCCUCAGCCAGCCUAAACAGCUGUGAGGAGAAAGACGACGAACCAGUCCUGUUACUGAACCCAAGUCUGGAGGACAAGGUUCCUCAAAUCACUGCUUACGAAUCGACAAAUCAAGCUAUUACGGCUAUAAGAGCAGUUGUUCUCAAAGGGGUUGAGAACGAGCUGAACCGGUCUUCCUCGUUCAACUUUGAUCAAACCAACCUGGAGUGGCAGACCUUUGAUGGCUCUCUCCCCAAUGGAGCAGUUUCAAUCUACAACGGAUACGUUGGACGCACUGACUACGUUGCCAAAUAUGGGAACGAGGCUGGCUUCUACAACCCUGACAAAGGUCCAAUCUGCCACGCCUAUAGAAAUAAAGAGCUUCCUGGCUCCCCAUUUGAGAUCCUGGUGAACAAAGACAACUUUGAGUCUUUGGAAUGGAAAGAUGGCUCCUAUGGUUCAGUGCCUCCGAAUUCAGUCAAGACCUGCUCCAGUAAAGACAUAUAUGUUGGGAAGAACAAGUACGGUCUUGGGAAGGUGCAUGUUAAAGAUAAGGUCUUCUACCUUCCCUGGGAAGGUUAUGAGUAUUGGUACAGAACCUACCAGGUCCUGACCUUUAACUCAGAUGUAAUCAGCGAGAACAUAUCUGAUGUUAAGUAUAAGACUGAUGGGGUUAAAAUCAUUGAGUAUCCUCCAGAGACCAUGGACAAAUCUACCAUCAACAACAAUGGCCGCAGGUUAGUGACAGGGACAGCCACCCUCUCAAAGACAACUCAAGUGGAGCAAAGGUGGGACACCAGCUUUUCCAUCACACUGGGCGUCAAGACUACCAUCACUGCUGGAAUCCCCGCAAUUUUCUCUGCAGGUAUCGAGUUAAGCGCGGCGACAACCUUCCAGUUCACCAAGGGGACCACUCAUAUUGAGUCGAAAACCUACGCUCUAUCUGUUAACUACAAAAUCCCAGGAAACCACUCCUGCACUGUCAGAAUGCUGGCAUAUAAGUACGGGGCAGACAUCCCUUACACUGCACGGGUCUGCCGCACCUACAGGAACGGGGAGACCACAUGGACGUCCAUCUCGGGGACCUACAAUAGUGUCAAAGUUGCAGAAGUCCAGGCUUUUGUGGAUCCCUGUGAACCUCUACCUAUUGCCAUGUAUUGAUCCCGAGGGAAAUCCCGGGGGACAAAGGCUUUCCUGAGUCUGUCUGUGGAGCACUUGGGAAGCAGUAGCCUGCCGCUAAACGAGCUCCUCUGUUUGGUGAUGACGGCGUGCAGAGGAUGGCUGGCGUUGUCCAGUAUGGCCAGCAGUCUGUUGAGUGUUCUUUCCUCUGCCACCGUCACCAGAGAGUCGAGCUCCAUGCCGACCACAGAGCCGACCCGCCUGAUCAGCUUGUUUAUUAUAUGUAUCAGCUUGUUUAUUGUAUGUAUCAGCGUGUUUAUUAUAUGUAUCAGUGUGUUUAUUAUAUGUAUCAGCUUGUUUAUUGUAUGUAUCAGCGUGUUUAUUAUAUGUAUCAGUGUGUUUAUUAUAUGUAUCAGCUUGUUUAUUGUAUGUAUCAGCGUGUUUAUUAUAUGUAUCAGCGUGUUUAUUAUAUGUAUCAGCUUGUUUAUUGUAUGUAUCAGCGUGUUUAUUAUAUGUAUCAGCGUGUUUAUUAUAUGUAUCAGCUUGUUUAUUAUAUAUCAGCGUGUUUAUUAUAUGUAUCAGCUUGUUUAUUAUAUAUUAGCUUGUUUAUUAUAUGUAUCAGCGUGUUUAUUAUAUGUAUCAGCGUGUUUAUUAUAUGUAUCAGCUUGUUUAUUAUAUGUAUCAGCUUGUUUAUUAUAUAUUAGCUUGUUUAUUAUGUAUACGUAACAUUAUUACGUAAUACAUAACAUUAUUAACAUCAUUUAUUAUGUAUUACGUAACAUUGUAUAGAAAAGCUAAAACAAUAUAAACCUGCUUUUAUGUUUUAUAUGCCUUAAUGUAUUCUAUAAGACAAUAAAACUACUUGGCAUUUAA